AUUUUAAUCUUAAUUCUUUCUCUUACAGUCUAUUGUCUUAAAAAUAAAGUUUUUAUCUAACGAUCUUUUAAUUUAAUCGAUUGCAAUAAUAAAAAGCGGACAAACGAAGUAUUCGAUUGACAGCUUGGAAGAGUUCAAAGUACUUUUUAUCAUUGUUUUGUUUUCGUUAACUUUUAGUUAAAUUACUUAGCAUUUAAUUUUAUUAAUUAGUGAUCAUGUUGAGUGUUCUGGCUAAAUCGGUUCCGGCAUUAGCUCCUAUCCGUAAUUCAAGAUGUAUAGCUUCACUGUCAGCUCUAUCCGACACAUACCAAAUGCUCCAGAAGACGUGCCGGGACUUUGCGGAGGGUGAACUUAAGCCCAAUGCAGCUAAAUAUGAUCGCGAGCAUUUGUACCCUGGAGAUGCCAUCAAAAAGAUGGGUGACUUAGGUCUUAUGGCCAUAGCAACGCCAGAAGAACUCGGUGGGGCAGGGUUGGACUAUCUGGCAUAUGCUAUAGCGCUGGAAGAGAUAUCCCGAGGGUGUGCGUCGGCGGGCGUCAUCAUGUCGGUCAAUAAUUCCUUAUACUUGGGACCUGUGAUGCACUUUGGUAAUGACAAACAGAAGCAAGAGUUUGGAACCCCAUUCUGUACCGGUGACCCUGUGGGCUGUUUUGCUCUAUCAGAGCCAGGAAAUGGAUCUGAUGCUGGUGCAGCAUCAACAAUGGCCAAAGAUGGUGGAGACAAAUGGGUCUUAAACGGAACUAAAUGCUGGAUAACCAAUGGAUAUGAGAGCAAAGCCUCAGUUGUGUUCGCUACCACAGACAAGAGCCUAAAGCAUAAAGGGAUCUCUGCAUUUUUAGUACCAAAGCCUACCAAGGGCUUAGAUUUAGGGAAGAAGGAAGACAAAUUAGGUAUCCGGGGGUCAUCAACAUGCUCUUUAAUAUUUGAGGACUGUGAGAUCCCGAAAGAGAAUAUAUUGGGCAAGCCGGGUAUGGGAUUCAAGAUUGCCAUGAUGACUUUGGAUGCAGGGAGGAUUGGUAUUGCUUCCCAGGCAUUAGGCAUAGCUCAGGCCUCCCUAGACGUGGCCAUAGAAUAUGCAUCAAAACGCAUGGCGUUCGGCAAGCCCAUAAUGAAGCUGCAAGCCAUCCAAAGCAAGCUGUCCGACAUGGCGCUGCAGCUCGAGUCCGCGCGGCUGUUGACGUGGCGCGCGGCGUGGCUGAAGGACAACAAGAUGCCGUUCACGAAGGAGGCCGCCAUGGCCAAACUUGCAGCCUCUGAAGCUGCGACAUUCUUGGCGCAUCAGUGCAUCCAGAUUCUUGGUGGCAUGGGAUACGUAUCAGAUAUGCCCGCAGAGCGACAUUACAGAGAUGCCAGAAUUACCGAAAUAUACGAGGGAACAUCCGAAAUACAGAGGCUGGUCAUAGCUGGGCAGCUCAUCAAAGAAUAUGGCCUUUGAACUAUCCUACCUCAAAACAAUAGUCGAAGAAAUAUGGUAAGGUCCAUGACGUCAGAAUGUAUGUGUUCAUUAAUGAGAAAGUACUAUUUUAGUGACAACUUUGUGUUUAAAAGUUGUUUAGUGAUUACCAUCAGGCGGGCUGUAUGCUUGUUUGCCACCGACGCAGUAUAAAAAAAAAACAUCAUUUGCACAAUAUAUGUAUCUAAAGUUAAUUGAAAUCCGUGAAUUUGAAAUUUACAAUUUUACAUAAAAUAUAUGGAUGAAAUUUUGUGACAUGCCCAAAUCAAAGGCGAACUAUUUUCAGUAUUUUAUUGCUAUAAUACUCUUACGAUGAAACAAUAAAAUUAUUAAGUAUAAAUUAAGGUUUGAUGCACUUUUAUACAGAAGGAUAAUGUGUAAGAAUCAUGAUAAGUCAAAUAAAUGCUUAUAAUAUAAAUACAAAGUGAGUACAUAAA